AUGCAAUUAUCCAGUAAUAGUGACAAGAAGCUUACUCCAAUUCAGAAAUUUUAUGAUGGUCAAAGUAUAUUGAUAACUGGUGGAACAGGGUUUUUGGGCAAGUUAUUAAUCGAAAAAUUGUUAAGGAGUUGUCCUACCAUCAUGUGCAUUUAUAUUUUGAUACGUCCGAAAAAAGGAAAAGACGUACUUCAACGCAAAAAUGAAUUAUUUAAAAAAUAUACAACUUUUUCUAUGCUCACUUUUCAGGUAUUUUCCAAACUACGAGAAGACCAAUCAAAAUUUCAAGAUAAAAUCAUUUGCAUUACUGGAGAUUGUAAUUUGCCAAAUCUCGGUAUCACAACUUUAGAUAGAAAUACUCUUAUAAAUAAGAUUUCUAUUAUUUUUCAUGUUGCAGCCACAAUUAGAUUUAACGAAAAUAUAAAAUUAGCUACAAAAUUAAACGUGCAAAGUUUGAAAAGUAUGAUUAGCUUAUCAAAGGAAAUGCCAAAGUUAAUAAGUUUUGUUCAUAUAUCCACGCUUUAUUCCCAAUGUAUUUACAAUCCGGUUGAAGAGACAUUUUAUGAAGCACCGAUGGACGAAGAUAAAUUGAUCAAUUUGGUUGAUAAUUUAAAUGAAGAAUUACUGAAUUAUAUUACACCAAAAUUACUUGGAUCAUGGCCGAAUACAUAUGUAUACACGAAAUCAAUUGCUGAAAAUAUAAUAAGGAAACAAGCUGGUUUGCUACCGAUCGGAAUAUUUCGUCCAGCAAUUGUUGUAUCAACGUAUCGAGAACCAGUUCCGGGAUGGGUUGAUAAUUUUAACGGUCCAAUGGGAAUAUUCGCAAGUGCUGCAAGUGGUUUAUUACGAACUCAUAAUUGCGAUGGAUCUGUAAAACCAUCGAUAGUACCAGUAGAUUUGACAGCAAAUGCAUUAAUAGUCAGCGCUUGGGACAUAGCAAAUAAUCGAAGAUCCAAACAAGAUAUUCCCAUAUAUAAUUAUACAUCUGAUGACAAUCCUAUAACUUACAAAGAAUUGAUAGACAAGACGUUAAAUUACACAUCAUUAACACCAUUUAAAAAUGCUAUUUGGUAUUGUAACUUUAGCAUUACAAAGUAUCGACUGCUCCAUCUUUUCUACGUAUAUUUUUUACAUUUAUUACCAGCUUUCAUAAUCGAUACUGUACUGUUAUGUUCAUUUAAAAAACCAUGGUUGUUAAAAAUAUAUGGAAAAUUAAAUGAAAUGGUGCACUUACUUAGUUACUUUUCUUUAAAAGAAUGGAAAUAUCCAAAUGAAAGAUGGAAAGAAGCAUUCAAUAAAUUAAAAAACGAAGAUCGAGAAUUGUUUUAUUGCGAUAUGAAAGAUGUUGUUUGGGAUACCUUUUUCAGAACUUAUUUAUUAGGUAUAAGAAUAUACCUCUUAAAUGAUCCCAUAGAAACUAUACCACAAGCUCGUAAAAAGUGGAAAAGGUAUUUAUCAUUUUUUUUUUAUCUUUUAUCUAUAAAAGCAAUAUGUGUUACUGGAAUUUAUAAACAGAACAGUUCAUUACCACAAAUAACCAAAUCCCGCCAGUGUUCCCGUCUCUGA